AUGGCUGCUGAGUUGGACUAUGUCCGAUGCGCUACCUUGCACAACAGGCUCCUCGAGAGAGGCUGGGUGGACUCUGGACAGCAGCUGGAAUAUGACGGCAAGGGUGAUCCAGAAGAGUUUCUACACCGUGAAAACUGGUUCGAGUUUUUCGGGGCCGAUGCUGAGAGCGUACGCAGUCGUCUCUCGCCAUCACUGGUGGCUUUCCUAGAGCGUGCAUUAGUCGUAUCUAACCACUCUCUACACUACUAUGUUGCGGGUCUAUCUAGCCAUGAUUUCCUAUGGUCAGACAACGAAGGAGAGAUGAAUACGGGGGUAAACCCAGAUCGGUAUCUAACUCUUUACACCGGUAGCGGUGUCCCUCUCGGUGUCGCUCCCGGUGCCGCCCCCGGACAAAUCGGCCUAGUCUUCGACCAAGUGGAAAACAAAGCAAUCAUACAGAUGUCCGAUUCCGACUCUUCAAUUACCCAGAAUGGCCGCCAGCAAUGGUUCCCCCUCGAAGUUGUUCUCAGCGCCUGGCUUGACAUGGUAGAAGUAGGCAAGGUGCAGGCCGUUAAUAGCUUUGUAGAGCUUCCAAACCAGAAAUUCGAACCGUGGGUAAUCGUACCCUAUGACAUUCAUGAGAUAGAAGAAACACUUACCAUCUACCACAAUCUCUUGGAUGCGAUUGAGUCUCGGAUCCCAGGAAUUUCUAGGCCAUCGAGUCAACAGCCACUCGUUCCUGACGAUGCUCUGGCCGCGGCGAACAUAUCAUAUGGAUUUGCCCGGGAAUUUCUAAGCAAUGCACGACGACCAUCAUUCCGUUAUAUUGCUCCGGGACUAGAAAUACCCACUGCUGACACGUUCGGAUACCAGCCCUUUAGUGCGGUCGAUCCCGACCUACUUAGGGAAGACGUAGAUAUAGGUCCGACAAUUCAGUUUCCUGUCUUACUAUUUCGAGCCUCGGAUAUGUUCUACGCUUCCCCCAGUCCGUAUGGAGUGAACGAUCGCACGGGAUCCCAUCUCCCAUUCUCCUGGCCAUGGUCUCAAGUAAACGCAUACCCCGCGGGACUUUACUUAACGGAAUCGGACCAGGAAGCCGUAUGCUUUGAAGAUGGCGCCCGUAUGGUGCUGCCAUUCGGUAUUGGGUCACGCGGAUAUGCACGCACAAGCGACGGAGCGAGGUUCGGAGAAAUCAAAGAGGAAAAGGGCGCCGUCGUCCAACCACGCGAUACACACGCCGACUUGUUCCAACUGGGAUAUGUGCCAUUCAUUGGUACACACGAGGUCCGCCUUGCUCAAGUCCUGAGAGCGUGGCUCAAGCAAGUCGAAAGCGGCGCAUGGGAGGUUGGCGCGGAUGGUGUGUUAGGCGGUAUCGAGAAAUGGAAAGAAGCUGAUACGGAGGCUGGUUGGGCUGGCUAUGUAGUACCAAUCAGUUGGUAA